AUGUCAAUAACUCAACAAACUCCUCAUGCUAAUGAUAAAAAUUCUUCAGUUAUAGUUGAUGAUGUUACUUUUAAUCCAAAUAAAGCAACUCCAAUUGUUAAAGCUGAUAUUAAUGUUCCUUAUGUUCCAGAUCAAAUAUUUAUUGGUGGUCGUAAAUCUAAAUUAGCUGUUGCUCAAAGUGAAAUUAUUAAAGCAAAAUUAAAAGAAAAUUUCCCUUCAACUUCAUGUCCAAUCUUAGCUUUAACUACAUUGGGGGAUCAAGUUUUAAAUAAACCUUUAUAUUCAUUUGGUGGUAAAUCUUUAUGGACAAAAGAAUUGGAAAUCUUAUUAUUACAAGAUAUGGGUGAAUAUCAUCAAUUAGAUUUAAUUGUUCAUUCAUUAAAAGAUAUGCCAACUAAUUUACCUGAUGAAUUUGAAUUGGGUUGUAUUAUUGAAAGAGAAGAUCCUUCAGAUGCUGUUUUAAUGGCCAAGAAUUCACCAUAUAAAUCUUUACAAGAAUUACCUUCAGGUUCAGUUGUUGGUACUUCAUCAGUUAGAAGAUCUGCUCAAUUAAAGAAAAAUUUCCCAAAUUUAAUAUUUGAAAGUAUUCGUGGUAAUUUACAAACAAGAAUUCGUAAAUUAGAUGAUGAAUCAACUGAAUUUAAAUGUAUUAUUUUGGCUACUGCUGGUUUAACAAGAGUUGGUUUAGAACAUCGUAUUACUCAACGUUUAGAUGCUUCAGUUAUGUAUCAUGCAGUUGGUCAAGGUGCCUUAGGUAUUGAAAUUAGAAAAAAUGAUGCUAUAAUGAAGCCAAUUUUGAAAAGUAUUGAAAAUGUUGAAGCUACUAUAUGUUGUUAUGCAGAACGUUCAUUAAUGAGAACUUUAGAAGGUGGAUGUUCGGUACCAAUUGGUGUAUGGAGUAAAUAUGAUUCUCAAACCAAAAAUUAUAAUUUAAAAGCUAUUGUUAUUUCAGUUGAUGGUACAAAUUAUGUUGAAGAUGAAAUUACAAUGGAAAUUAAUGAUUAUAAAUUAGAUUCAAAAAGAUGUGGUGAAAUUUUAGCACAAAAAUUAAUUGAUAUGGGUGCAAAAGAAAUUCUUGAUGAAAUAAAUUUUGAUAAAAUUAAUGAAAAAGAUGAAUAA